AUGAGGUCUCACAAGCCUCAGAACACAAGUGGUUCUGGACGGUUUAUGUCGCCCACGGUGAACAGUUAUAGACUACACUUGGCAGCAGUCAAGUCUCUGAUACCAGACAGAAUGGUCCAAAGACCUCUGGACAUAGGGUUGUCCAAAGACUUAACAAAAGCCCUCACUUUGGAUGCCCUGAGACUAAACCCACCAAGGCCAGAUGCUAGGUUUGGUUCCAGACCUGUGCGUACGCCUGUCUUGGCUUUUGUCAAAGAGUUUGUGGGUCCAGAGCGCACUCUGCUGCCCCCUCCUGCAUCUACCCCCAGCGGGCUAACCAGCGACCUUGUCCCGCCACCCCCCCGAGCCCGACCCCGUCGCGCCUCACACAGCGCCGCGCCCACGUGUUCACACGGCAGGACCCCCACGCCUCAGCACGCAGGUGACACAAUUCCAGGCGGUGAUAUUUCCGUGGCUGGUUUCCCCGUUGCCUUCUGCACGUCUGAACAUUGUGCUUCCUGCCCUGAGCGACUGGAUUUGGAUCAACGUGGUCUCCUGGAACUCCCUCCCCUGAAGGGUAUGGACAACCUGCAGCUGCUCAACCUUCAGCACAACCUGAUCUCUGACAUCAGCGCUCUGCAUCCCCUGCCACGCCUGGUCUUCCUGGACCUGUAUGAUAACUGCGUGUCAGACCUGUCCGGGCUCUCUGCUCUGGUCUCCCUCCGUGUGCUCAUGCUGGGUAAAAACAGGAUACAGAGGAUUUCUGGCCUGGAUCACCUGAGUCAAUUAGACGUCCUGGACCUGCACGGCAAUCAGAUUUCUCGGAUAGAGAACCUGUCUCAUCUGUCAGAGCUGCGUGUGUUAAACCUGGCCAGGAACUGCAUCUCUACACUGGACAACCUGUGUGGUCUGGACUCCCUGAAUGAACUGAACCUCAGCUACAACUGCAUCUCCACCGUGACGGAGGUGGAGCGGCUGCCCUGUCUGCAGCGCCUCUAUCUCAGCUGCAAUAGCAUCAGCAGUUUGGAUGACCUGGCCUGUCUGGGAGACUCGUGCUCGCUCUGUGAGCUCAGACUUGAUGGGAACCCUGUAGCCCAGGAGACAUGGUACAGACAGGCCACUCUGCGACGCAUGCUUCACCUCUGCCAACUGGACAUGAAGCGCAUCACAGAGGAGGACAGACGGAUGGCUUGUGUUUUGGCCCGAAAGGAGGAUGAGAAGAAGAAAGAGAGCCACAAGCAGGCCGCUCACAAGGAGAAGCGGCGUCUGGCCAUUCGGAAUGCAGCGCAGCAGUGGGAGGAGCUGAGGGCGUGUCUGGAUUUGCCCACCCAGAACGGCGUGAAGGAGGAAGUCAGCCCGGAGAACAGCCCCACCCACAGCACGGCCCAGACCAAUGGCGUCGCGCAGGAAUCCUCGCCGGACGAACUCAAGCGAUUAAGUCCCCUCACUGUCCCUGAACGGCCAGCAGGGGGCAGUGAUAGCAGGCUACGUUCAUCCAGCCGCCCCAACAGCCCCCGAGACCCAAGGCUCCUAGAGACAGGGGGCGCUAGUGUGCAGAGCCUCUCGCUGUCGGCCAGUCACCUGGCCGAGCUGGACGCGGACACGCUGCGUCUGUUCGGCUCCGGGGCCCUGGAGGCUCUGGAGAGAGGGUGGGGCGUGCAGACGGCCAGCGCGGUCACCACCAUCGCCUUCCGCUACAUCCACUUCGACAGCAUCAUCCCAACACUGCCGCGGAUCAGGAUAAAGUUUCCCAACUUAGCCCACCUGAUCUUUAUGGAGACCAACAUCAGUCGCCUGCCGCAGCUGGCCGCCCUGGCCCAGGUGAGACGUCUGGACCAGAUCACCAUCCACCCCGAGGGGAACCCGGUGGUCGGCCUGGCUCUCUGGCGCUCCUUCCUCAUCUACCGUCUUCACCAUUUUAAUCUACAGAGAGUCAACGGUGUGGAGGUGACCAUGAACGACGUGAUCACCUCUGAACGGCUCUUCGGCACGCUGGGGCACGUGGCUGCCACGGAAACGCCGCGCUGUCGAUUGCUGUUACUGCUGGAGGAGUCCAGAAAGCGGCAGCUGCAGUUUCUGUUGGAGGGCCGUGGGCGUCGGCCGGGGCAGAGCCCAGAGGAGCUGAGGGAGAACGGCAAACUGCUGGGAGAAGGGUUGAGCCGCGCCCUCUUCAACUACCCCAGCCGAGACUCCAGCUGCGAGGGGUCAGAGGAUGGCGCUGUAGAGGCAGCGGAGCGCGCGGAGACAGUUCAGCAGUAUCUCUGUGACCUGGUGCAGCGGGCGUCGGGCACCAACCUGAAGGGUGAAGCCCUGCACAAACUCUGGCCCUCCCUGUUCGUGGAGAUGGUGAGGGACUGUGUGCUGGAGAUGAGAGACCGCUCUGCCUUUCCACAGAUCUGCCUGGACAGGCUUUCACAGGGCAAAUGAGAGACGGAUGGAGAGAGAGAGAGAGAGAGAGAAAGAGAGAGAGGGAGAGAGAAAGGAAAAGGAGAAAAUGUCGUGGGACUGGCACUGCCCAGGACAAACAGCAGCUCUGCAUGAGCACAUUUUUAAUCUCUUUCCCUGGUCUCUCCGUCCCACAGACACACACACACACACACACAGA